UCUCGUCCACACACGCCGAUAGAUACUAUCAUGAAGAAGGCCUUUCUGGUUCGUGAAUUCAAUCAUUUUAUCACGUGUUCUAUCUGUGGCGGUUACCUUAUCAAGCCGUCCACCAUUGCUGAGUGCCUGCAUACAUUUUGCAAAAGUUGUAUCGUCAGACAUUUCGAAGAAAGUAAAAACUGCCCACGAUGUGGCAUACAAGUCCACGAAACCCAUCCCUGUGAAAUGCUCAGAAUGGAUAAAACCAUGGAAGACAUCGUAUUUAAAUUAGUUCCCGGUAUCCAAGAAAGAGAAAAACAGCGAGAACGAGAUUUUUGGACGUCAAGGGAAUCGGAAGAACCCAAGCAAGGGGGCGGCAACGAUGAACCAGAUGCUAAACGAUUAAAGACUGAUAACGGUGAGGCGAACGAAGAAUAUAACAACCACACAACGACGUACAAUAAAGAGAAUGACUAUCACAGGGGAGAUCCUCAAAUUGCUUUCUGUCUCGAUUGCUCACAUCCACAGGAUGAAGGUGAAAAUAAUAACAAUACAAACACAGCCGCCAUUACUAUGAUUCAGGCCUUGCCACGCCGCUUUAUUAGAUGUUCGUCCCGUGCAACUGUUGGAUUAAUCAAGAAGUUUAUUGUUCGCAAACUUGAACUUUCCAAAGAUUUGGAGCUUGAUCUACUAUGUAAUGGUGAAAUAAUGGGCAAAGACCAUACACUGGAAUUUAUAUAUAGAACACGAGGGAAGCUGCAGAAAUACCCGAUGACGUUGCAAUACAGACCGAAAAUCAAUUUCACGUGACAGUGGCACCUGUGGACAAAAUGCCAAUAUUUGACUUUUAUCACCUUGGCAACAAUCACACAAUUCAAAACCAUGAUAAUCACUACUGUAUAUCGUAUAUAACUUAACUUCAGAGGAAUGACACAUAACUCCUGGUUUAUGUAAAUUUGAUUGUCAAGAUGACAGUCCGUUGUUAUAUUUUGUUGUCGAAUGUUUUGUAAAUAUCCUGAGCAGCAAUAGUUUAUAUAAUGAACUGCCGAUACUGAAUAGAGUACAAUUUUAUUAGUACAGUGUAUGCAAAGUGGGACAUUUUAAUGUUGGAG